UGUUGUAUGCGCCAAAACAAAAGGAAGUCCCUCCCCCUUAAAAUACCCCAUGGAGUGAGUGCGGAAGUACCUACAGAAGUUUGUCACACAAAGAGCGCGUGAACGACAUAACAGACCACACACAUAAAACUGCCAUCCAGAUUCAUCUAAAAUAUAUCUACCAUGGCCACCGCGGACACGGUGUACAACACGACUACAGAGCAGGAGCCCAAAACCAGAAAAUUCUUCAUCGUUCCGUCGGAAUAUCUGAGCAAAAUAAGAUGCAUAAUUAAAGUGUUUGAAGUGCUUCUCUCUUUUGUGGCAUUUGUGGUGGAGGAGAUCGUGUCCAACUGCUCCUCAUGUGGGCCGCUCUACUUCUUCGAAUUUGUCAGCUGCACAGCCUUCCUCUUCACACUGUUGCUCCUCAUCCUCCUGUCCACAACACUGCACCAGAGAGUCGGAAUUAACAGCUGGCCAACUUUGGAUUUUGGGUACACGAUAGGCAUCGCAAUCCUAUUCUUACUUGCCAGUAUCGUGUUUGCGUCAGGCAACAGCGGGUCAACCUUGGAACAAACCGCAGUGGCAUUUGGGUUCCUUGCCACAGUGGCAUACUUCAUUGACGUCGUUUUUUUUAAUAAAGAGAAUGGCAUGCCAUGUCAAAAGAAGACCAGACAACCUACAGACGGUACAGCCAGGCCAAUGCCAGAGAGUGAGAAACUUAAUUCCAAUGGAACUGAUUAGAGAGUUUUUGGGGAAAUUUUUACCAACAUUCGACUGGCUUUUUAAAAGCGUUUUUUACUGUUUUAUCCCAAAGCAAAAAGGCUGUAAUAUUUCAAUAUUUCAUAUCAACUUGUAAAGGACCACUUUAAUAUUGUGCCUUGAUUGUUUUGUACUCUGUAAUAAAGUCUUAAUAUUACAUUUGAAAUAGGAAAUACUUCACAUUUUCUUAAUGGCACAAUGGGAAGUUUUAUACAAAAAAAGUUUUGCUUUUGUAAUCAUACAUAAAUCACCAUGCGCCAACAACUUGCUGUCAUUAAAGAUAUAUAUUACUUUUUAGGAUUUAACAUUACAUAAAGAUAGACUGUAUUUCUUACAGAAAUGCUCACUCCUGAUUUAUUUAUUAUGUAUGCAUUUCCCAAAUAAUAUAUUUUGAUAAAAAGCGGGAUUUGAUCAUUACUAGUAAUCAUCAUUUUAAUGUUACAAAAAUAUGAAUAGACUAUGGAAAAGUAGUUGACAUCAUGAAAGACCAGCAGUUUGUAUAUAUUGAAAAUUAUAUUUUUGGGGGUACAGGUAAAUGCUGCACUGUAUACACAACAAUAAAUGUAUUUUACUGUAAAGUUUGGUGAGCUUUUGUGAAUGAGUUUGACAACAGGUUGAUGUUUUUAUGGCCCUAUGAUUAUCAUGUUUCUGUGCAAAAGGGAUGUCAGGAUUGACAGUCAAAGAUUUUUUUAUUAAAACAUAAUUCAUUUUUGUAUUUCAUGGAACUAGAAUUGUAUAUUUUUUCUUAUCUUAUUCCGUGUGCUCCUAGAAGAUAAGAUUUUUUUGUGUCUUUGAUCUGUACAUUUUAAAGUAAUAAUUGAGAAGUGUUAUGUUAGAAUGAAAAUGUAAUGCCUUUUCCAAACAGAUGUUUGUCUUAGGGGUGUGCGUAGGCCUAAGUGUGUGUAAAUGCCCACAGAUAUGAAAGGACUGCAAGUUUUCCAAGACACUAAAUUGCCUUUGACCUUCCUGUGCUAAAGAACUGACGGUUGUUUCCUUUGUUAAAUAUAAAUUGUGAAAAAUUAUGUACUGGUAUUUGGUUGAUACCUAAAAAAUUCUUGCUUAUUAUUCAUAAGUUAAAAAAACAGAGACUUAUGGAAGAUCUUAUUAUUGGAAAGGACUUUAAUGUUGCCAGCUGUAAAGACUAGUGGGUAUGUUUAUAUAACAGCAUCUCUUUAUACAAGUUAGACAAUAAAUAGAUCCUGGGUUCCAAC